AUGGCGGAGUAUAUGUUUUGGGGUGGAGGCUCCACCUGCCUUGUCAAAAGUCCCACUGGCGCAGUUGGCACUGCAGCGAAUGCCACAGCCACACCGGCAACAGAAGCUACGGCAGUAGCAGGAAGCGUGGGUUCGGGGACCGAGCCUUCAGCUGGUCGAAUCUGUCGUGCUGAGGGGCAUCCGGAGCCAGCUUCAGUCUCCUGGGUGAAAGCAAACCAAAGCAGCGACAGUAUCCGGAGUAACGUGUAUUUUGUAGCAAUUGAAGACAAGGCCCACACCGGCGCCAGCAGUGAGGACUGCAGCAGCAACACUAGAAGCAGCGGCAUCAAUAACGAUGGUGCCACAGCAGAUAUAGAGGCGGCUGCAGCAGAUUUAUCUAUCGACGCAGACAGCAUCCCUGUAGUCCACAAUAGCAGUGACAGUUCUGCGGAAGGAACGGGGGACAGGGGUCCAAGCUCUACACUUUGCACAAACUACAGCCGCAACAAUAACGGCGAUUGCAACAGGAAGGAGGUGAUGGGUGUUGACAAGAGCAGCGAAGAAGGCAAGGAAAGCAGCAAGAACUGUGGUGUAGAUACCCCGGCUGAGCAUGCUGGUACUAGGGGGCACCAUACUGUACUCAAAGAUGACGAAGACAGCAACCGAGAGGACACUUCUAGGAGUCUUGUAGCUGGUCAUUCAGGAUCUUCGCCACCGAAUGAUGGUAGUAGCAGCUGUGACUGCCCGGAACCCAGCAUUUUCAACUCCAGUAGCACUGAUAUUAGAAGGGACGACCACAGGUUCUUUUCCCCAGAAGAUAGAACAAGUACUGGUUCAAGCUCAGAACCUGCAGCGCCGAUGGAGGCCGUAACCAUUAACACAAACAACAACUUUAAGCCUCGGGCCUUUGCUGCAGGAGCAACAGCCAGCAGCAGCAGUGCUAACAACAAUGGAAACAGGAGCAGUGGCAACCGGAGAGAUGGAGCAUCGCCAUUUGAGUGUAGCAUUUGUAUGGACGAUGUCACAGACCCCGUAGUUACGCGUUGCGGUCACCUGUUUUGCUGGGGAUGUCUACACGUUUGGCUGCAACAAUCGGACGAGUGUCCUCUUUGUAAAGCGGGAGUAUCUGCGGACAAUGUUAUUCCAGUUUAUGGCCGGCACUCAAACCCCAAAGCCCAUGCUCACUCCAGACACAUGUGGGCUGCUACGAGAGCUUGUGAUCCGUUUUUACACCGAUGCUAG